CGCGCCGGCCAAACGAUGCCGGUAGCCACACUCGCCUUGUCGCAUGAUGCAGUGCCGAGCGCUGCCGGGCGGCAGCCACUAGUCAUGCCCUUGUCCCAGCAGAGCGCUCACGCCUCGGCGCCAAGGCGGCAGGCCGUCUGCCGCCGUCCCUCCGCUGUCUCUCUCUGCGCCGCGAGCGCACCGCGCGCGCGCUCUUCAUCGACCCUUGUCUCGGGCUGAGGCAGCAUCCGCUCAAAAGGGCCCCUCGCUCAUCAGCGCACCGCGAGCGCUCUAGCCCUCCUUCUUCUCCACCAUCUCUCCACAUCCACACGUCGCUGGCUCGACGUCUCGUCGCUCUCGAUGCGACCUCUUCUUCUGCCCUCGCGACGCGGCGCGGUGACGCCCGAGCCUCUGCAGACGCACGCGUUGCCCGCACCACCACCCUCUUACCCCGAGCACAUUCACUCGCCCUCACUGCCACCCGAUGGCCACUACCUCGCGUCCAGCAGCGGCGCCUGGCCCACACAGCCGCCGCCGACGCCCUCGCCGCACGUACUGCCCGCGACUGAUGGCCCUCUCAAGCCCUGGCUCGGCCUUCGGGCACGGCUCUUCCUCUCGCUUCUCUCGCCUAGCCUACUGGCACUGCUCCUCGUCGGCGCCACGACGCUGAUCGGCGCACAGGACAUUGACGACAAGAUCGACGCCGCAAAGCUGCGCCUCGUCGUGGCGUGCAGCGGCGCUGAACAGAGCGCGGCGACGGCACUGAGCAUGCCGCACUACCUUGCCGACAGCAUCAAUCAGCAAACGAGCGAGGCCGUUGAGGCCACAGUCCGAGGAGCGCUUCGCGUGCUGACGCUGGCGCUGGUGGCGGUGGAGCAGCUGCUCAUCUUCCUCACCGACACGUACCGCUCGCUCUUCUUCUGCUUCGUCGAGCUCGUCGUGCAAGGCAGUCUGAGUCUCCUCAUGUCCGCCGUUGCGGUGCUCGACGACGUCAUUGGCGAUGCAGCUACCGGCAUCAAGAGCACCAUCCAGGCCUCGGUCAGCGGCGUCAAUGCGUUCCUCUCUACCACGCUCGGAGGCUUCAACGAUGUGCUCAAGCUGAUCGGCCAGCAUAUCGACGUGCCGACUGUGGCGCAGCCCGACCUGAGCGCUCUAGACAACGUGAAGCUGCCCGACUCCUUCUCUGCAGGCCUCGUCAAGCUCAACGACACGCUUCCGACGUUCGAUGACGUGCGCCAGCGUCUCGAUGCGCUCAUCUCGCAGCCAUUCGAGCAGCUCAAGAGCGAUGUGAACUCCACUCUCUCGACGUUCACAUUCGACCGCACUCUGCUUCCUGUGCCGGCAAUGCGCACCGCCUCCUUCUGCGCGGACAAGCUCGACACCAAGCCGCUCGAUGAUCUCGGCGGAGAGCUGCGCAAGCUCAUCUACUGGACCGCUGGUCUCCUCGGCGCCGUUGCGCUGCUCCUCGCGGCCUUCAACAUGCUCCUCGCCUGGUACUCCUGGCGCUCGAUGCGCACGCACGUCGAGCGUACCCGCGAGGCUUUCCUGGCAUCCGAAGCGCUCGCAUCUGAGCGGCGUGACCGCGACAGCAAGGACUCGAGUGGCUCGCGGUCGGUUCAAAGCAGAGACAUGCUCUCGACGCCUCGUCUGCUCUCGCUACUCGAGCUCGCCUCGCACCCGCUCCUCGCGCUGCUAGCCUUCCGCAUCGCUCGGCCGCUCGGCAUCCGUUCACCGCGAGGCAAGGCACAUCUUCGCUGGUGGCUCGCAUGGGUUGCACACCCCAUGGCGAUCGCGGCGCUCGCCAUGGGCCUUGCAGGCCUCGCAGCCACGCAGGGACAGAUCAUUGCUAUCCGUGCCGUCGAGUCGCACUACAAUGGCAAGAUCGGCGCCUCCUUCGACCAGCUCGGCGACUCGAUCCUCGCCGAGAUGAAUUCGGGCUUCACAGACGCAAGCCACGACUUUGCGAAUCGCAGCAACGCCCUCAUCAUCAGUGCCCAGGACAAUCUGAACAACAACCUUUUCAGCUGGGUCAACACAACCACCAGCACCAUCAACGGCACGCUCAACGAGCUCGUCUCGGGCAUCGCCGGCGUGCUCAACGACAGCUUCAGCUCGACGCCGCUCUACACGCCGAUGCAGAGCUUCAUCGACUGUGCGCUGCUGAGCAAGAUUCGCAGCAUCGAGAGUGCUCUCAGCUGGCUGCAGUCAAACGCGCAUGUCGAGUUCAGCACCGUCUCGGCCGACAUUCUGCAGUUCAGCGACGCUCGCGCCGACGAGCUCGUGGCGCCGAUCAAGCAGGCUGCACUCGGCUCGGGCGAUAGCAACAGCGAUGGCGUCGUCGGCUCGGUCGUCAACUCGUACGUGCGGCGCCUCGAGAAGGAGCGCUUCAUGUACUGCCUCUUCCUCUGCCUCUACGUCCUCGUGCUAGCGAUCGGUACGGCCAUCGUCAUCCGUCACUGCUCGCCUCGCAAGCCCAAGGAGAUCGACGAGCACAUCACGCCGUACCACGCUUCGUCACUGCCGCCUUCGCCGCCAUAUGAAGCUACGCAAUCAGGCGCCCAGCAGCAAGACGCGACGGCUCAGGCGCAUCGCUCCAUCUCGCGGCCGCUGCAUCCCGACGUGGCAGCGCUCUACAAUGGCGCUCCGGGCACAAUGACGCAGGCUGCAAGGCCGUAUCAGGGACAUCAAGCCGCCCGCUCGUGGGAGUCGCUGCUCGACCGACGCUCCGAGGAAACGUCUCGCACCGGCGCAGCAAGCCCGGCAUCGCGCUUUCUCGCCGUGCCUAAGAUCUUUCAGCGCACGAGCACCGAAACACAGCGGCAGACGGAUGCCGUCACCAGCGUAGGCAACCUGGCUCCGCAGCAGUCUAACCGCGAUGGACCCAGCAUCCGGUCACGCUCCGUGUACUCGACCGCCAGCGGACAGACGCUGCCUGCUCCACCCGCUCGGCGGAGUCUGGCAGCUCGCGCCCUCGACAAACUGCACGCCGCUGCUGUGUGGUGGUAUGCAGCGCCUGCACAGCGUGAAGCGCCUGCACAGAACACAGAGGCUGUGCAGAGCAUAUCGCCGGGAGCUCCGUCGCCGACGGCGUCUCACGACACGUUUGGCGUCCCGCGCUCUCGCACACGCGAUGACGCCAGCGCAUGGCACGGCUCCUCCAACAGCAUCUCAUCGACGUGGGCCGGCACGCCGCUGCGUACACACGCGACAGACCACCAGCCCUUGUCUGCACAGCCUGCCUCGCCGCAGCUGACAGGCGACGGCUUCGGCGGCCUGCUCGUCUCGCCCGAGCAGCAGCAGAUGCAGGAGCGCAGACGCCUACGCUUCACGAGCACGCCAACUGACCAGUGCGACGCGCGACGCCGCGCAGCCGAGCUGGCAGGCUCGACGCCCGCUGCUGGCAUGGCAGCCUCUCCAAGUGUGGAGCACAAGCCGCAAAGCCGCGCCUCGCCGCUCAUGCCGCCAAUCGACCGGCUCUCCUGCCUGGCCUACCUGCAGCCCACGCCCUCGCCUCCGAAGCCCCUACCACCGCAGCCGCGCGCAUUCGGCUCCGGCUCGCCGCUGCUUCCGCCGCUCGAUCGUCUGUCGUGGCAACGAGCGCCGCCUCGUCCGCUGCCAACGCCGCCAAGCCAGACGGCGCAGCCUUUGCGCUCCGCCACGCGUCCGCACUCGCUCAGCGGCACCAUCAGCGCGGCGCCGACGAGCGUCUCAGCGCAGCCGUCUCGCGCCUCACUGCCCGUGCCACAGCCACAAGGCGUCAUCCGCCCGGUCCCUCUCCGACCACACUCCUUCUCUCGCGCAGCCGCAGGCGGCAUGCAUCCACGAGCCGCGGCGCUCAGCACUAUCUCCGAGCGCGACAGCUCCGGCUCAGCCGGCACGCGCACCGCACACUACUUCUGAUACCCCUUGGUCGCAGACCACUGAUGGCAGAUGAAUGAUAUAUCGU